GCAACUAAGAUAUGUAAACUUCCGGUAAAAUUGUACCCAACGAAACACUUACAAUGAAGACGGUAAAGGCGUGAUAAUGUCGGUCUCUGUUGACCUUGGUGACACCAAAAUGGAAACAGAAGCAGUGACAGAAGACGAAGUACCAAGAUUCAAAGAGGGCAGGAAAAGACAUCCCAAGGAGGCAGCAAGGGAGGCUACAGCGAUAACCUUUGAUGUUAAUCUUAGUGAAGCUGCAUUUGGACACCUAGAAUUACUUGAAAUAGUCAAUGAAUAUCCAUGCUUGUAUUGUGGACCAUUUAAAAGGCGUGGCAUCAAACGAUAUGAAGAGUUUUGGCUCCCGCUUGUAGCAUCACAGAAUGACUACUUGGCAGCCCCAUUGGAUAUAGAAUGGAUCUGGCACUGCCAUAUGUUGGCACCAAAGGCAUAUAUUGCUGACUGUGAACGAAUGUUUGGAAAAAUCAUUGACCAUAAGGUAUUUAGAAUGGACGAACGGGAAAUGAGAAUGCACAAAUCACAAGAGCUUUGGGAAAAGAGAUAUCCAAAGGAACCAUUUUUGGUAGAAAUACCUGAUGCAGAUGCAUAUGCCGAAAACUAUGGACCCGAUAUAGAUCAGACGAUAUGCACACAUUCUUCACGACUAGGAUACAACAUAGAAUCUGCUACCUGUCGACAGGGUAAAUUCUUUCACAACGUUAGCCUGCCACAUUAUCGUGACAAGAAAUAUAUUCGACUUGCCUUUGAAAGGUACCAGAAGUUUCUUUAUCUAAAACAAUGUACAGAAAAGACGUUUUUGGUACCUUGUUAUGACAUUGAUUUGAUAUGGCAUACACAUCAACUGCAUCCUAUCAAAUACAAAGAAGACACGCAAAGAGUUCUGGGUAAACUGUUGCCUCAUGACGACAAUACAACAGAUCGAUCAGAUGGAUCAAAACUGUCUAUUUCAUAUAAAGUAACCGGAAAACUUUGGCAUGAAUUGUAUGGUGAAAAUUAUCAGUAUCCUGGUGCGAUGUACAGAGGCGAGACUUCACGUGGCAGGUAUAAGCAAGCAUCGGUUGCAGUACCUUCCGAAGUUCAACAAAAAGCAGUCACAGUUACGUUUGAUUUUAUGGCACUAGAAAAAGGAAAAGAUGGAAAGCCAGUAAAACAGUAUCAGGUAGAUGUGUUUAUGGAUUUCAAGGAUGAUCAAAAAAGAGCCUAUGACAAUGGACGUAAACUUUUGAUGUCGCUACAGGGACCGAAUUUAGAAUGUAUCGCUGGAGAAGCAAGACCAUUUGAAUAUGACCCAGUUACGCAGCACAACCCGUUAGUUAUUCGACUUGCCAAAUUUAGAAAGGAAGACUUCGAAACAGCUUCAGAAAGUGGAUAUAGUACAAGAUCUGACGUUGCUGUAAUGAAAACUAUUGCCGAAAAGGAUGAACUGAAUGAGUCAGAAGUAAGUAUACGUUCACAAAUGAUGGCAAGUGCAAGGUCAAAGAAAUCGGAUAAAUCAGAUGAAAGUAUGUCAGGUUCGUCAGGUUUUAGCAGCUGCGAUGAUUUUAUGAGUGAAAAAUCGCAGGAAUCGUUCCUAGAAGCUCAGCUAGAAUUAAAUGGAAUUGGAGACUGGGUUAGUUCUACACAAAAAAUGUUCCAAGAAGCAAUUAGCUACGAAGAUUCAUCUGGAGAACACUACGUUUUGUAUCUUAGUGGAAGAAUAGAGGAUAGAAGUGACUUGUGCCAUUUUGUUUUGGUUUCAGAGGAAUUCGAGACAAUGUUAUAUCCAAAAGAUUUAGCACAAAUCAAUAUCCCUGAAUAUACGAUAUAUGAUCCACAGGAAAACUGCCGUGUUUGCUACUUUGCUGACCAAAAAAUGAGGGACGACAAGAAUGGUCUUAGUUUUACAUGUCGAGUAAUGCAUUCGCCACUGCAUACUGUAUCAGCUGUUCAAAUCUUUCAUGGUGAAGAGAUCCUCCAGGAUGAAUCAGUAAAACCAAUUGUUACUAUCAGACUUGUAGAUUCCCAACAACUGCCCUUACCAUCUAUGGUGUUUAAUGGUGCAAAGCCUUGUCUCACACUUGAUCCAAGGUACAAAGAGAGAGGGGUGCUCAUUCAGGACAAUGACGGGGAUUGGGCAAUAGUUGUUGGUUCUUGGUUUGUUACAGAUGACCAACCAGGAACACUUCGCUUUAAAUUAUUUAAAUGCAGCAGUGGAAUCAUCAAAACAUUAAUGCUACGAUACGAGGAGCACCAAUGCAAAAUAACAAUUGAAUCCUGUACUAUUGAUUUUCAAAAUGGCCGACUUGAGAUUGAUGCCAAAUCAGACGAGUUGGUACAAAAUAUCGGACUUGCUUUCGCAAUUGCCAUCCUCCAUGUACUCUGUGUACCACGACCUGACACCUGGAAACCUGGUGAACCUGUCGUUACACCAAAAACAAAACAUGUUUUUACAGACACAAUGUUAUUUGCUCAUGGUGUUGGGUUAGAUGUUGUUACUCCAUCCAAUCAUUUCAGAGAAAAACGCAGACAGAAGAAAUAAAUCAGUUUUAAAAAUAACAACUCGCUGAUAGUAUGCAUGCGCACUUUUAAAACAAAUUAAUGCCAAUUCCAUUCCAUGUAACUUUGACUGAAGUACAAUCUAGGUUAACCGUGACUGAAAAGAAGUUAAUGCUCAACCUGUCUUUCAAAAACAUGCUUGGUUUUCAGAUUAGAUUUGUUUCAUUACACAUAUAUCCAUAUAUGUAUAUUUAGAACUGAUAUACAACAACCUUAAAAGAUAUGUGUUUAUGUUAUUUUUCAUUGCUAAUUGUCAUAUUCUCAAAGACGUCUAGAACUAAUUCAUUCAAUUGUUUGUAUAACUUCAAAGAUGGCUACAACAAAGGUAGCAGUUUCUUCUUGAAGCAUCAAGGGAAAUCAAAGCAUUUCAUACAAAUUUACGUGUGCCGGUAUAGGAGUUACUUAGUUUUGUUUGUCUUUGGUUUACUUCUUGGUUUGAAUCAUUAUCAAACAAAUUAAAGCAUACCAUCCAAACCAGAAUAAGCAAUAUAGGAAUGCCAUACUUUGGUAAAUCGUUGAUAUUUUGACUCAACGGAGUUGAGGGGACAAACUAUAGAAUGUUGUGUGUAAGUACAACGUGGAGAAACUGGCUGUGUGCACUGAGCUGACUGACAACUCGGUUCAUUUGCUUAGAUCAAUUUUUAAAUUCCAAAUAAGUUUAAGAUACGAAGGGGUCACAUUUAUACAGCUUGGUGUAAAGAUGAAUCUCAGGUAGUAAACUGUCGUCAAAUUGAGUUUUCCGGCACUGUGCUAGCAGUGCCAGAAAACGGAUAUUUGCGACUGAAAAUUUUAAGACUCAUAUCUUCAAGUAAAAUACAUCAUUUUUAUAUAUUUUCUAAUGCAAUUGCUAGACACGGAAAAACAUUUUUUUAUCUUCAUUUCACGCUUCAUCGGACUUCCAAGUUUUACGUUCGAAUUGUUAUAUGCUAAGCGAUUUACAAUCAUAAAGCUUGGCGUAAGCAUUAUCCAACGGGGGAAAAAGAAUACUUCCGUAAGUAUAUAACUUUGACCUAUAUUUAAUUCUUCACUGACUUCAGAUUACACUUAUGCAUGCAUGGUAAUGAAAUCAUCGUACAAAUGUUCAUAUCGAAAAACUGGUGGAGUUGAAUUGUGAAUGUGUUUUUAUUGACUGCUAACCUGAUUUUUUUUUAAAUUUGUGAUAUUAACCACUAUUGAAGUGUUGUUAUAUUGUUAUUGUUAUUAGAUUUGCAUUUAUUUAUUAUAUAAUAAAACCUACUUCAAACAA